AUGUGUACUCGAAAAAAGCUAGCGGACAAGGAUUUGAGGAAUGAAAACGCUAAUCAUUCGGAAGAGCAGCAAUAUGGCACUAGAUUGCGUCUUCUCAACAACGACGGCUCUCGUGAUAAUUUAAUAUUAUUGACUGGAAUAAAAGAAUUAUUUGCAACUGCAUUACCACACAUGCCGGCACAAUACAUCGCUCGGGUUGUCUAUGAUCGUAAUCAUUAUAGCUUGGCGAUAGUAAGGGAUCCUGUAAAAGUUGUAGGAGGAAUUUGCUAUCGACCCUUCUUGGAGAAGUCAUUUAUUGAAAUUGUAUUUUUCGCGGUAGAUAGUGAUCAACAAGUGAAAGGAUAUGGCACAAAAUUGAUGAAUUACUUUAAGGAUUAUAUAAAAGAUACAUUUAAUAUUACACAAUUCUUGGUUUAUGCAGAUGACUUUGCAUGUACUUUAAUACCAAAAGUAAAGUACAGACAGAUUCGACAAAUCCUGGAAAAACAAAAACAAGCGGUGAAAAAUAAAAUAGCACAAACGUGCAAACCUCCGAUUAUUUAUCGUGGCUUGGAAUGUUUUAAAAAUGGUGUCAAGUCUGUAGAUCCGAUGUCGGUGCCGGGAAUUAGAAUAUCUGGAUGGACACCACAAUUGGAAAAACAGGCAAAAGAUAUUAAGCGUAUGUCACAUUAUCUUGUUAUGAAAGAAAUAUUUAAUCGAUUAAAAAGCCAUCCUUCAUCGUUACCAUUUCAUGAACCUGUAAACGGAGAUGAUGUUCCUGACUACUACGAUAUAAUCAAGGAUCCUAUGGACCUUUCUACCGUUUCAAAGCGUAUGGAAAAUAAUAGGUAUCGGUCACUUUUAGAAUUUGCAAUUGAUAUGCAAAAAAUCUGGAACAAUGCCAAGAUUUAUAACAAAUCAGACACUAUAUUUUAUAAGUCUGCAGUUGAGCUUGAGGGAAUUUUUCGUGAAGCCAUGUUUCUCAAAGGCGUGAGAUUAUAA